AUGAAACCCAGGAUCCGCAAACGCAGCCCCCUACUCCAACGCUGUCUCCAAAUCGUCGGAAUCCUCCUCCUAGCCUGGACUGCCAUCGAAGUGCUCUACGUCCGCACGGCCCUCGUCCGCGAAGCCUCACAGCAACCACCCGCCCUGGGCAAAGAGAAGAUCUUCAUAGCGAGCAUCCACUGGAACAACGAAGCCAUCUUGCGAAGCCAUUGGAAUCGAGCCGUCGUCGACCUAGCGAAAGAGAUCGGCCGCGAGAAUGUCUACGUGAGCGUACAAGAGAGCGGGAGUUUUGACGAUUCGAAAGGCGCGUUGAGGGAGUUGGAUGGACGAUUGCAGGAGGCGGGGGUUUCGAGGAGGAUUGUUUUGGAUAAUACGACUCAUUUUGACGAGGUGACUCGAACUCCUGCUGAGGCGGAAACGGGCUGGAUCCGGACGCCGAGGGGACAGGUCGAGUUGAGACGGAUACCGUAUCUUGCGAAGUUGAGGAAUUUGGUUAUGGAGCCGUUGUACGAGUUGCAGAAGGGUGGGUUGAAGUUUGAUAAGGUCUUGUUUUUGAAUGAUGUGGUGUUUAACAAUUGGGACGUGAGGAAUUUGCUGGCGACGAGGGAGGGGCAGUAUGCGGCGGCUUGCUCAUUGGAUUUCAAGCAUGGGUCUUCGUUCUACGACACGUUUGCAUUGAGGGACGCGGAAUGGCAUGAUCAGCUCACGCAGCGGUGGCCUUUUUUCCGAGCGCGGACGUCUCGCCACGCCGUCAAGGCCAGCCUACCUGUCCCUGUCACGAGCUGCUGGAACGGUAUCGUCGCCAUGGACGCCGCACCCUUCUACUCAGAGAACCGCUUAGCCUUCAGGGGCGUCCCGGACAGCCUCGCGCUCUCCCACCUCGAAGGCUCCGAAUGCUGCCUCAUCCACGCCGACAACCCCCUCUCGCCCACCAAAGGCGUCUGGCUCAACCCCAACGUGCGCGUCGGAUACAGUGGACCGGCUUAUGAAGCUGUGCACUCGUUCCAGACAUCGCCGUGGAUCUCGUCGUAUGAGAUUGCGUUGGGCGCUUGGACGAAUAGGAUUCUGAGGUGGAUCACGACGCCGUAUUUCAAGGAGCAAGUCGUGCAGGGACGGGUGGGGAUGUGGAGGAAGAGGGGCGAGAGGAAUGAGGAGAGGGGCGUGUUUUGUUUGAUUAAUGAGAUGCAGGUGCUGAUUUGGAAUGGGUGGGCGCAUGUUUGA